AUGGCCACAUUGGCCUACAUGGCCAUAACGGGACCUCAUCAGAAAAAGCGGCCGCCCAACAAACCGAUGGAUCAGAAACCGUUCAUGAAAGCGAUCGUGCUCAAAACACUCAUACGAAAACCGAAGAAACCGAAUAGCGCCAACCGCAAAUGUGUUCGUGUUCGUUUGAGCAAUGGCAGAGAGGUGGUAGCGCAUGUACCCGGUGAGGGACAUAAUUUGCAAGAACACAACAUUGUCCUCAUUCGCGGUGGUCGCACUCAAGAUCUAAUCGGUGUAAAGCACAAAGUUGUCCGUGGAAAGUAUGAUUGUGCUCCGGUACAAAAACCAUCCAAAUAG